AUGAAUGAGAGUGGAGAGAGAAGAUUGCUGAUUGAAGGGCCUGAGGAAUGCGUCGAACAAGCCGAAUCUCUUCUUCGAUCAGCAAUCAAUCAACAGUCUCCAAUAGUUGCUGAGGCAAUAUAUGUUCCAAAAUAUGCUGUGAAAAAAUUAUUAGAGUUUUGUAAAAACAAGUGCUCUCACAUUUUACAUGGAUUUAUUAAAACUAAGCAACUUGUAAAAGCGAUAUACGUACAGUACAGAUGUGUUCUACCAUUGAUAGAUAGUUUUAAAGUUGAGGACUUAAAAAAUGAAUCGGCCGAAAAUAUUUUUAUUCAAGAAGCAAAGAUAGUUUCAUUUGACCUUCCGAUUAAUCUGGACAAGAAAUGUGGAUUUGUUGAGUUAUUAAUGAAAGUUUUAUCUCUGUUAAAAGUCGAAAACAUUCGAAUGAUGUUCAUGGCCCGAGCACGUCUAAAUGAGAGGAGUUGCAAUGGUGAGAAAAUAAGAUCCAUCAGCCACCUCUCAAAGGUGCACAUCACCAUCAACAGGUUUGAAAUGCUGCAACUUGAGAGGAACUUCAUUGAAGUGGAAUUGAGAGGAAGUUUUUUUGCCAUUAUGCUUGCUAAGAAAUUAAUCUUGGACGAUAUUCACACUAAUGAAGAUUGUUCAUCAAAGUCAAAAGCCUCUAUUUCAAGAAAAAAAACAAGAGUAUUAACGGAGUCAGUUGCUAAGCUUCCACAAAGCCAGCAGCAACAACAGCAACUCAUGUGUUUUGUGUCCGCCGUUGAACAUCCUGGCCACUUUUGGAUUCAGAAAUUGGAUGACAGAGCGCGAGAACUUGAUUCUCUAAUAACUUCCAUGACUGAAUAUUAUAAUGACCUCGAGCCAGUUAACGGUGCGACAUAUGAGGUGGGAGACAUGGUAUCCUCCCGAAUUUCACAUGAUGAUAAUUGGUACAGAGCUCGUGUCGUUAACAUUAUUGACGAUCAUUUUCUCGAUCUUCACUUCGUUGAUUUUGGUGAUAACGAGAUUGUUGAUGACAAUAAUGUUUUUGCACUCAGAUCAAAUCAUCUCGUCUUACCUUUCCAGUCAAUCGAAUGUUCUUUGUACAAUGUACUGCCUAAAGGAAAACAAUGGAGUGAUGAAGCGAUAGUCAAAUUUGAGGAGUUGGUCCAUGUAGCUAAAUGGAAACCAAUAGCAUUCGAAAUUGUGUAUGGAGGUUCCAAUUUUUACCCAUAUGAACAAUUUCAGCAUCGACAGCAGAGACCUCACGAUGUUUUAAACGUCCUUCUCUUUGAUACACUAGGAGAUAAAGAUGAUUGUGAUCGAGCUUCUCAUGUUACCUGGGUAAAAAUGUUCAAAGUUUCGUAUUUAUUGCCAAAAAUUGUUAGAAGUGAGUAG